AUGUCAGAUUUAGAAAGGACAAACAGCAACAAGAACCUAAACUCAAAGUCAGAGCUUCUUCUCAACGUAAAGGAUGUUCCAUUUCAUCUCUGCAAAGAAACUUUAGCUAAGAGAUCAGCGAUAGUGAGCUCAUUACUGGAGAGAAAUAAGAUGGAUGAGCUUCCUUGUAUCCUCCAAGAUAUAGAAGCUGAUCCAGAAACCUUCGAGCUCAUUGCUAGAUUUUGCUACGGCUACAAAGUCAAGUUUACGUCUAAUAACAUCGUAUCCGUUCUCUGCAUAGCCUAUUACUUAGGGAUGAAUGAUGAGCACAGCACUGAUAACUUGGUAGGGAAGGCAUCUAGUUUCUUAGAAACAAGAGUUCUCCCCUGCUGGAACGAGACAGUGAAUGCUCUUCGUUCAGGAGACAAGAGUCUCGACAAGCUAGCAGAUUUUGAACUCGUGGAUCUCUUCUUCGAUUCCCUUAUCGAAAAAGCUUCCUACGAUCCAAGAAUCCUCGGUGAACCACCGAUCAAGAACAGAGAAGAAGCAAAUGAGUAUAGACCUAACCCUAGGAGAAGAUUGUUUGAUAAUGACUGGAAGUCUGAAGAUUUGAUCACACUCCCGCUUCGGUUUUACGAGCCUUUGAUGAUCAGAGCGAUGGAAUCACGCAGGAUUCCUGUUGAAUACAUGGUUUCAUCUGUAUGCAGCUACGCUAAGAAAUGGGUUUUUGAUGCGGAAGAAAGCGUGUCAGGCAAGAAAAGAGAAGUUGUUGAAGCUGUUGAGAGGCUUUUACCUCACCAGAGAGGGCUCAUCUCUUGUGACUUCUUGUUCAAAACGCUAAAACAUUCGAUAUGGUUAGAAGCUAGCUCUGAGUGUAGAAAUGGACUCGGGAUGAGAGUCAGCAAACAGCUUGACCUGGCUAAACCAACAGAUCUCAGGAUUCUGUCUCAAGGAGAGAGUUUAGAAGAUAUCCAGCUGGUUAGAACUGUGAUCACUAGCUUCUACUCUAACUACGAAGAAGAAACUGAAGAUGUUUCACCCUUCGUCAAAGUGGCAAAGCUCUUGGAAGGGUUUCUGUUCUUGGCUGCGAGUGAGUCUUCUGCUCUGAAGCUGGAUGCGUUUGUGGCGUUAGCGGAGAUCACGGUGGCGAUUUCUCAAGGUGUUUUGAGAUACUCUGAUGGGAUUUACAGAGCUAUUGAUGCUUUCUUGGAUAGGCACAGGUACUUGACUGAGUCUGAGAAGAUGGAAGCUUGUAAGGUUCUUGACUGUGAUAAACUUUCUAGACAAGGAUGUGAGGAAGCUGCCAAGAACCAGAGGCUUCCUGUUAGGAUCGUUGUUAAGGUUUUGUUUGUUUCUCAGCUUCAGAUAAGGGAUACAGUGGCUAAAGAGAUUAGGGGAGUAGAAGAGAAAGUAGAUGAGGAAGAUGAAGAAGAAGAAGAAGAGGAAGAGAUUAGGGUUUGGAGUGAUGAGGAUGAGAUGGAGAAGAUGAGUGAAAAGCUGUUAGGGUUAGAGAUUGAGAAUCAUGAAUGUGUUGUUCAUAGAUGGAAGAAGACUAAGAAGAUAAGUGUGUGGAGACAAGUGAAGAGGAAGUUUGGUUGCUUGACUACUACUUCAUCUUCAGAUGAUGCUUGCACCUGUGAUGUCAAGAAUAAGAAGAAGAAGAAGAAGAAGAAGAUUCAUCACUACAAAUAA